AUGUGGUACAUGAAAGUGUUUGAGGGUAGCUGGAAAAUCGAGCCACUAUAUGCGGAUCAGGAACGCUUGUGCAAGUCUAGGUCAAGGAUUAGUGAAGCAGAAUACAAAAAAUGUAGCGGCGGAAAAGGAAGGAUUGGAUCAAAGGUGACAAUGGAGCAAAUCUUUCAGCCUUCUUCUCUUCUUAAUGUGCCACCGGUGUCUUGGUUAAUCCAUGGGAUCACCAUUGAAACCAUCAAGAUUUUGCUUGAAGAUCUUAGACAAUAUGUUAUCCGCAUCCACAAAAGUUCAGACACGGCUGAGUACAAGAAAUCUGGGCAGCAUGUUAGAUCAAUGCCACUGUAUGCUACAGAUCCUAAAUAUUAUGACUUAGCUGAGGUAAUUAGACAAGCAGAUCUUUGGACUUUCCCAAAAAGCAAGCAUCCAUGGUAUGAUGCUCCUGCUAAAGUGAAGGUGAAAACAAAAAAUGGUAUUUGCCACUUGAACAUAGAAUUCACUUUGGGAUGGCCUCCUCAUGGAGUCUACGAGAUGCUCACUAACCCAAGAAAUGCACUUUUCUUUCGUCAUUUCGGCGCCGACUUUAGCCAGCGUCUGGACAAUAAAUCAACAAAGGUUUUGAAGAAAGAUGGACCGAGGCAGAUUACGAAAGUGGACAAAAUAUUGAGAUGGAAGCUCCUUGGGUGGUCUGGAGAGAAAAUGAGGUACAUGAAAGUGUUUGAGGGUAGCUGGAAAAUCGAACCACUAUACGCGGAUCAGGAACGCUUGUGCAAGUCUAGGUCAAGGAUUAGUGAACAAGAAUACAAAAAAUGUAGCCGCGGAAAAGGAAGGAUUGGAUCAAAGGUGACAAUGGAGCAAAUCUUUCAGCCUUCUUUUCUUCUAAAUGUGCCACCGGUUUCUUGGUUAAUCCGCGGGAUCACCAUUGAAUUCACCAAGAUUUUGCUUGAAGACCUUAGACAAUUUGUUAUCAGCAUCCACAAAAGUUCAGACAUGGUGUGA